UCUCUCUCUCUCUCUCUGAAAUAAUGGCUAUCUUGAUUUGCUGUUUGAAGGGUUUAAAUCCUCUGUUUGUUUGCUACCAGCAUAGCCUUGGUAUGUUAAUUGUUGUUGUUGAAGUCUAUUUCUUUGCAUUCAUAGAGGAUGAUGUGGGUGGUUGAAGACUUUGAGAGAAUGGCAACAGAAGCACCAGGGUGGGCCGACCAAUGGGGUGCCGGUGGCAUCGGUGCCCUGGAGGAUGGAGACAACACCAAAGCCACAGAAAACAGCAGCAACAACAAGAAGGCAGAUACCAAGUCUGGAUUAGGCAAAGCCAAGGUGGCUGCAAUGGCUGGCGCAGAAAAGAUAAAAAAUGGGACAUCCAAUGGUAUCAAAUGGAUCAAAAAUCAGUGCCAGAAAAAAAAGCCGUCUAAACCAGUAAACUAAAUUGUCAACCUUAAUAGAUUGUAUCCAGAGCCAUCAUAUAUCUGGAAGUCAAUUGUUUGUUGUCAAUUGUUUAUUGUAUGCCAUUGAUUGAAGGCCAGGACGGGUCUCUGAUUUCUUUUUCUUUUUUCAGGCAACUUUUUUGGA